AUGGGGGUCACCUUCCUCCAGGCCAACCUCAACCACUCCGCUAGGGCGCAGGAUCUCCUCCUGCAAUCCAUGGCGGAGUGGGAUUUGGAUGUCGCGGUGGUCGCGGAGCCGUACGCGGUUCCCUCCCUGCCCCACUGGGCGGGGGAUCUGGAUGGCCUCGUGGCCAUCGUGGCUAGGCCUGGUGCCGCCCCUCCCCUCGCGAUUAAGAAGAGAGGGAACGGCUUUGUGGUGGCGGUUCGGGGAGAGUACGCCAUAAUUGGUGUUUACUUCUCCCCGAACCGGGAUUUGCCGGCCCUGGAGCGGUUCUUGGAUGCUCUGGGGCCGGAAAUAAGGCGGUUAGCGCCCCUAAAGGUCUUCGUGGCCGGUCUGGCGUGCCGAUGGGAUGAAUGGCGGGGGGGGAACCCCGUCCCGAGCGCUCACAUGAGUGUAGGAGGAGUCAGGGACCUCACCCUGAUCAAAAAAGGAAAAUAUGAAAUGGCGAGUGACAAAAACUAUUUACCCCAGGAGGGUACCAGCUUCGCUGGAGAAUCCCUCUCUGCAUCUUCGGAUGUGGACAGCCUCACCGUAUCUGGGGGGGGCAUCAACCGCCAUAGGGACGCAAGUCCCUCUCAACAAUCAGUCCAGACGGACUCUGACAACGACAGCGACUCUAGUCUCCCAGAGGCUUUGCUGAACGAGGAGAACAGAGGUGGCAGGGGUAGUGCUCCCCUGAAAAGGAAAGCACCGGAAGUAUCAGGAGCUAUGGAACGAGGUCCUAAAAUCAACACCGCCAUCAGGGGCCGGCCUCGCACACCAGGUAUGCGGCGCACACAAGGCGCAACUGAAGGCCGUAAACGCGCCACUGUAGUGGACGAGCACUUGGGGGUGGUCCGGGCUGCUGCCAACAGGGUGCUCGAAGAAGCCGAUAAGUCCGGAAACCUCAAAGGGACGGUGUGGCGGGCCAUGAAAGAGUCCUGCCAACAAAUAUUGGAAGCUGCCGAGAAAAUCGAGGCCCAACAGGUGGAAUCGGAAGCAGUUCGAAUACUCACAGCGGACAAUAAAAGGAUGAGGGAACAGCUAGAACUUCUACAGAAGGAAACAAAGGCGCUCCGUACGGCCUACUCCGAAAAGGCGGCUGCGCCUUUAACCUCAGGGACGGGAAUCACAAGGACCGAAAUCCAAGAAGUCCUUGCGGACUUUAAGGAAUCCUUAGAAAGGGACCUGUUUCUGAGAUUGGGGGGCAUGGUUACGGAUCGGCUUAAGGAGGCUGAAAAAAGGGGCAUUCUUGCUCCCGAGCCGAUUAUGCGCCCGCCCCUUACGACAGAUAAGAGGCCAAAUGAGGUUGAACGCCAAAACCAUGAAGAGGAACGGCCAACAACACUAAUGUCAUCCGCAAGACCUGGACCAGCGGCGCGAAAUACAACCCGUCGCAGGCCACAGCCGCAGGAGGAAGAGCCACAGCCUGGCCCCUCUCAGACAACUGAAGCUCCUCUGACCAACCAGGAGAAGGAAGGAUGGGCCACUGUGGUGAAAAAGAAAAAAGGCAAGAGGGGAAAAGGCAAGGGGCACGGAAAAAAUUCCCCCCCUGACAAGCUGAAACCCACCCAAGCCCAGGUCCGAACCCCCGGGGUGUCUGCGAAGCCGCCACCUAAGAAAAUGUUCACCCCACCAAAGUCGUCGGCGGUGGUGGUAACCCUACGGCCGGAAUCCAAAAUGGAUUACAAAUCAGUUAUGGCCAGGGUCACCACCCUUAAGCUACCGUCCAUUGGGGUGAACCACGUGGCGGUAAGGAGAACUGCUACCGGGGCUCGCAUUAUUGAGAUCCCCGGAGCUCACAGUGCGGUCUCCGCUGACACCCUGGCCGAAAAAUUAAGGGAGAUGGUGGGCGAUGAAGCCCAAAUAUCACGGCCAUAUAAAACGGCACAAAUAAAAAUUUAUGGCUUCGAUGAGUCAGUGACCCAGGAGUCCCUAAAGGAAGCUGCAGCUGAAGCUGGAAACUGUCCACCGGGACAGAUAAGGGUUGGCGCUAUUCGCACGGCACCUGACCAGACCGGGGCGUCUAUUCUAACUUGCCCUGUAGCAGCCGCCAACAAUUUGAUCAAAGCCGGACGCCUACUGGUCGGAUGGUCGGCCGCCAAAAUCAAGGGGCUCGAGGCCCUGCCCAUGCGAUGCUUCCGCUGCAUGGGCUUGGGCCACACUAGGGCCCUCUGUCCGUCUCCGGUGGACAGAUCCAAUGUGUGCCACCGAUGCGGCCAAACGGGCCACAUGACGGUGGAAUGUAGCGCCAAGGAGCCAUGGUGUGCCGUGUGCCACGCCGCAAAGCUCCCGGCGGGGCACGUAAUGGGGGGAAAGGCCUGCAACCCCCCACGCACCAGGGGUAAGACGGCCCUGGCUACGAGGGAGGUCUCGGAGGGUCGACUAAUGGAACAUUAA